CCCAGGAAGAGCACCAUAGAGUGAGUACCCUGGAGCCAGGCAUGCUGGAGAAGAUGGUCAACCUCCUGGUACCUCUCCACCAGAAGGAGGAUCCCUUCUUUGUCCCUGCCUUCCUGGUUACUUACAGAAGGUUUACCACAACAGGGCAAGUGUUGGAUCUUCUGUUUAAAAGAUAUGCAUAUUUCCAACCUGACUGUGAGGAGGAUGAACAAAUAAAGAACACCCUGUGUUCCAUGCUCUCCAUGUGGCUGGACAAGUACCCUGAGGAUUUCUGCCAGCCCAAUGACCUGACCAACCUGAAUAAGAUGAUGGCCUAUGUGCUUCUCAACAUGCCCUCUGCAGACCUGGCAGUCCGUGUACACCUUCUCCUCACCCAGCUGGAGGAGCAGGAGACCAAGGAGGCAGACAAAAACAGAGAGGAGUUCUUAGAUUUGGGGCUUCACACAGCACCUGCUCCUGAGAUCCAGGCAGAGGAUGUGUCCAUGAUGUCCGCAGAUGUGGUACUGGAAUCAGCUGCUUUACCAGCUAGCCAAGACGACCUUGUGCCUCCACAAGAAUCUGCGCCUUCUAGAGUGGUGGUGCAGUAUGAGUCAUCUGUAUAAGGUCCACAACACCUUCUGCCUCCUGUGGGCCUCCAGCAGGCUCUGGUCACCCACUUGAAAUCCCUUCACUCAGAAUGUGUUGGCAGGAAGGUUGGGAAGGUCUGAGACAAGUAUUACUGACACAGCAAGACCCUCAGGUCAAACCACGUGGACCAUCCUCAAACUGUGGCAAACUGAGGCGAACCAAAUAUCUUCCUACAAACCAUGUCAUGAUGUCUCCUCGUCGUUCUGGCUCAACACACUAGUCACAUAAAAAUCAUCUGUGCCAACCUUCCUCAUUGAUUUGCCUGCCACGGCCCUCAGGACAACCAUACUUCCCUCCAGCUCCAUCUCACCUCUGUAUUGCCCUUCUGUUUGAUGUCAUGUGUUAAAGCAGGGCAAAGCGGCACAAAGAACUUGCUAGAUAGA